AUGCUCUCCGGAAGACGCCUGUCUGUUACGCCGGUACUGCGAAGAUGGAACAGCCAUCUUGCGUUUGCUUCCAGUAGCUCUAAUGGAGAUUUGAAACCCGUUAUCGGACAAACCAAUGGUAUUUCUUCAUGCAGUGAUAGAUCUGGUGCAGGGAAUACUCUGCAGAGCAUAUUAGUGAAAAGAGUAAGGAAUGAGGCUAAAAGUUCGCGGCCUCAACCUUUUGGUAAGCAUAUCGACCGCAUAACUACGCCUGCAAGCCGGUUGUCAGCUUCCAUCCAAGCACGAGAAUAUGUUAAAGUGUUGAUGGAACUCACUUUACAGUCAAGACUAGAAUCUAAUUACAGCAAGAAAAUAUUCUCAGAUAACGUAUUAACGCCAAUGGAAUUGUCUACACUAAUUCAGGGUCUACUAGCUUCAGAUCGUCUCGUUGAAAAGCUGAUACACGUUGCACCUGGAAGUCACGGAACGGAAAUUGUUUUCAACUUUUACUCUAUCUACAUUCAAACUCUGAGCGAAAAACAUCUUUCACCACUUCAAUUGCACGACCUGAACCAAUUCUUGGCUUUUUUCAUUCGAAAUUCCCAAUUGCGAAAGGCCCAAAUUGUUCUCAACUUCAUUUUAGCUUCUAAUGACAACAAAAUUCCUUCCGACAUUUCAACAACCAUCCAUUACUUACAACUGCGUUGUGGCGCUUUACCUCAAAACUGGCCAUCGCCGCAAAAAAAUCUCGGGGUGCAUAAUUAUUCUUCGCGCUCCAAGUAUAAAGCAUUUGACAGAAACUUUGUUCCUGCACUCAUUGGACAGCUUGAUAACCCCACAAGUGACUGGUCCCUGAGAAUAAACGACUCCAUGGAAACCGCCAUCGUAUAUUCAUUGGGAUUUAUGGCACAGUUGCCUGCGUUAGAAAAAUACAUCAAUCAACGUUGGGGUAUCUCAAUGAACAGCCAGAGGGAAAGAAAGGCCACAGAUGCAUUUGUCACACCAUCUUCUGAGAUUCUUAUAUCUAUUCUAGCAAGUUUCGCUCGAAACGGUCAAAUUGUUCCUGCUCUUAAAUUAAUGGACCUUUUUAUUGAAAGAUACCCAGAUUUGGAACUCGACAUAUCGUUCUGGAGACGCCUGUUCAAGCAGUGUACAAUUAUGUGGGAUGCAAAAAUAGACCCUAGUGGCCAACUGUCAAAUGGGACUUGGGAAGUAAUGAAAGAAUGGCAUUAUAAACGCGGAACAAAAGUACGACCAGAUCUUUUGGUACUUAAAGAUAGGCUCACAGUCUUGCAAGCCACAAAUAAUCACAGAGGGGCAAUCGAAGUUAUUGAACAAUGCUUGUCACCGUGGAACAUGGAGUCAACCGCUUCUACUGAAUUAAUGGCAAUUACACAAAAAUAUUACAAGCUCGUGCUCAAAAACCAAGCGGCAUCCGGAUGCUAUCAUAAGUCACUGCGAUUCAUCAAAAAAGGAGCGCUAGACCAGCAUCAGGCAAGCAUUUUGAGGAGUUAUUUCGAGAUGCACAGACAAAAAUAUGUUCAGAAGACUCAAAGGCGCAGCGAAGCUGCCCAACAAAAAAUUAAGGCAUUUGAUGAGGAGGAGGAAGAUGAUAUGCUUCUUGGAAGGCUGUGGUAA